AUGCUUAAUAGCACAGAUUUUUCACCUGUAUUAAAUUGUCAAGACGCAGAUACCGCUGCAUCUAAUCUAGUUAACAUCAUAUCCUCGGUUGUUGACGAUAAACUUUGUCUACAACAUGGAAGAUUUCAGUUUAACACAUCGGAAUAUAAAGUAGACACCGCUCUUUUGGAUUAUCUAAAAGCUAACCGGUCUGUAAAUCCUCUUAAGAAAACUAUAAACAAAAAAGUCAGUAUUGUGGAACCCGGUGCAUCAGUUUCUUCUGAAGAAAUAGAAAACUUGAUGUCAAAGAAACCAAUGAAAGAAAGAAAAUUAAAUAAAAAAGGUCUCAUAAAGAAACUGAAGGCUGAGGCUCUGAACCAUACAUCUGGAUUAGAAUGCGAAUUUCAAAACGCAGUACCUUCACCAGAACCUAUUAUGAAUCAAAUACCAGAACUCGACUCUACAUCUAAGUCAGAUAAAACUCACGAUAUAUAUUCAUCAUUAUCACACACACCGAAACGGUCUCAUUUCAAACCAGAAAAUGAUUUAAUAUUAUUUGACCAUUACAACCCGGUAAACCCAGUAGCAUCUACUUCCACGGGGAGAGUUGAUUUGACUUUAUCUAAUAUCAGAAAGAGAAAGCUUGCUAAAAAAAUUACUCAUAUUAAAAAAAGAUUAUUAGAAGAAGAGACUGAUGUGGGCAGUGAUGAUGAGUAUUCAUUAAGAGAGUCUUCUGAUGAUGGAACUUUAAUUCCUACAUUAGAAGAAAGCGAUACAGUAGAGGAAUUAGAAACCCAUAAUUUAGAAAAAACAACACAAAGUUCUUCAAGAAAUAUGGUAGAGAAACAAAUUAACAGUUUCCUUCUCGUUAGAUUUAGAGGACAUAAAACGAAUAAGUUUUAUGUUGGGCAGAUUUUAGAGUUAACGGAAAAUUCGGGAAUGCUGGUUAAAUUUAUGAGAAGAAGGAAGGCGGACCUUUUUUAUUGGCCUGACGUGAAUGAUGCUAGUUUUAUUCUGGAAUCCGAUGUGGAGUUGGUCUUAACAAACCCCCGAGAGGGUCGCCGGGGAACAUUUAAGUUUGAGGAUAUUGAUUACUCAAAGUACAAUGUCCAAUAA